AUGAUCAAAAGAAUUAUGAACAAGCUAUUUUCAGAUGAGUUAUUACAACAUUUUUCAUAUUCAGGAAAAUCUGGCAAGAAGUUAAAAUUUUCAAAUUUAGCUGUUUGUUCUGUAAUUUUAGAUGCUGUGAAACAACAAUCUAAGUAUAAAAAUAAAGUUUCUGAAAGUGAAAUGGAAGAAGUGAUUAAAUAUGUCCUAGCACAAGCGCCUUUUAACAUAAAAAGAAAAACACAAAAAAUAUAA